AUGUAUCUCCGGGCAGUACACGCAGAGAACUCAAUUAAGGCACUUUUUGAGUUCAUCAAGGAGAACCCCUUGGGUGUGAUCACCACUGCCAUUUCUUCGCCCGACUACCCUUUCCUCCAGUCCAGCCAUAUACCUUGGGUACUGGAUAUCUACAAUGAUGAUCCCGAGGCCCCCGUAAAAGGGCUACUACGGGGUCACAUGGCCCGACAAAACCCUCACUCCAAAGCCAUUAUGGAAUCCUGUGCCAAUUCGUCUACAGGAAAGCUCCAGCAAGAUGUGAUGAUUCUCUUCACAGCACAGCAUCAUCACUAUGUAACGCCUAAAUUCUACACUGAGACAAAGCCCGCCAAUGGGAAGGUCGUGCCGACCUGGAAUUACGCCGCGGUCCAGGUCUACGGCAAUGCUACGAUCUAUUACGACUCGGCUGCUUCCGAGACGUCACAGUAUCUCCAACAGCAGAUCCACGAUCUGUCUCAGAUGUGCGAGACCUCUGUUAUGGGCCAUACGGGCCAGGAAGGAAAACCUGGGCCUUGGAGUGUGUCUGAUGCGCCGGAGCGGUAUAUCGACAUUAUGAAGAAGAAUAUUAUCGGCAUUGAGGUGUCGAUUGAAAGUAUUGGGGGCAAGUAUAAGAUGAGCCAGGAGAUGGGACAAGGUGAUCGGCAAGGCAUUAUUGAGGGCUUCAAUAACAUGGGAUCGGAUGUUGGGACGAACCUGGCUGGGCUGGUGAGAGAGCGUGGGGAGAUGAAAGCUGCUCCAUUGGAUCUGAAAUGA